AUGGAAAAGACUACCGAGUUCAUACCUUUUGUCGGCGAUGACGAUGGCCAGAAUGAAUACGAAUUCCCAGAUUGCGAAGACUGCGAAGAACACAUCCGGGGCAUUCGAUUCAAAGCUUACCGCAAAGCUUGGACAAAGUGCUUGGACAGAAUACAAUAUAUUACGCGUUCCUUACUCGAUCCCAUAGCGAGUCAGAUUGUAGAAGAGAUUGAAGAUAACGACGUUCUUCCGGGACUACCCCGCGACGAACUUCCCGUUAUUACAGUCACCAAUCCUGUGUUCCGAGGGACGUUUCUUUACGAUAUUGCCGAAAGGCUCGAUAAUCCUGUUGUGCACCUCCACCCCUCAGACUGCCUAAAUGUAGUUACUGGAAUGCGGGGGAUCGUCUCGGGCUUCGUUGAAGGAAAUCCCGAAAUCGUUAGAGCAAUGCAUAAGACCACGACGUCUCUUGCAAACUAUGACAUCCAACUCUUGGCUGCUUGGUAUAAGCACUACCGUUCAAUUAAAGGUGACGAAGACACACGACUCCUCGUCGUUCUUCAUGACUUCGAGGCAUUCACCCCCACAGUCAUGCAAGACAUCUUCUACAUCUACAGCCAGCAUCUUGCAGACCUUCCUCUUGUCUUCAUCCUGUCCAUGUCUUCGCCCGUUCCAUCAUAUCUCAAUGUCGCGUAUCCGAGGUCAACACUGACGCGACUACGGAUACGCCAACUAACCAUGCCCGGGGGAGUCUCAGUGCUCAAUUCGAUAUUGCUAGACACAUUCUUUUCAGUUGACUUUCAACCGGACAUUGUCAUAGGGCCAAUCGCUCUCCAGUUCAUUGCCGAUUACUACACGCGGUGGGAUCCGACCCUAGACGCGUUGAUCACAAAUAUCCAGCUCAUCUACAUGAAACACUUUAUCAACGAACCCAUUACAGCGCUAGCGCAUUCCACACCUUCAGAAGAUGAUCUCGUCGGAUCUGAAUGGGCCAGCUUCGUCGAAGGGAUCCUCACGAGACUCACGCCUAUCUCCAAAAAGCUGACGGCAAAAGAAAGAGAUCAACAAUGGAAGGCCCUAACCACCUCGAACUUGCCGGAUCUCGUGGAAACACAUAGGUCACAAUUCCGUCUGCGCGUUGCAAAUCUGGUGCUUGCUUUCAAUGUGAUGAAACUCAUUCAGCUAUUUUUGGUGGAAGAAGGGUACAAAGGUCUAGGAUGGAAACUUGAUGAAGGACUCUCGGACAUCUUGGUCGAGUUCUUACAAAACAAUGUUGAUAGGGAUAUCAAGGACUUGAGCCUGAUCAUGAGGAAGCUAGGGGUUGAACAACUUGACCGACUGCUACCACAGAUCCACGAGUUUCUCUCAAGCAUUGAAUCUGAUGAGGGGCCGAUCGCUGACGCCUCAUCCGCUAUCCACGACCUGAUCGACGCCCUUCAAAGCGAGGAAAGAGAAACUGUUCCGCAGCAGUUCAGCGAGUGGGGAACAGCUUUCUUCAAGGCGAACAUCGUAGCGUUGGAAGAGAAUCCGCUAUGGGAGAUCUGGUACACGGGUCUUACUCCCUUCCCGUCAGAGGUGAUCAACCCUUCAAUCCGCGCCUCGAUGUUUGCUGGCCUCCUCCGUCCCCAUGACUUUACGGACUCCCCGCAAGAGGAAGACCAAGAAGAGGAAGCACUAUGGAAGCUCCCUGACACGAGCAUCCUUUUCAAGCGUUACCUCGACAGUGGCAAGAUGAUCAACGUCUACGACUGGUUCGAGUCCUUCCAAGCUGUGCUCGAAAACCAGAAAGAGGAGUUGCAGAAGGCCAGCUCGCCGAAGAAAGGCAAGUCCCCGAAGAAGCCCAGUGCGAAAGGGAAAGGCAAGCAAAAGGCCAAUCAGCAACCGGAGGAGGACGCGAUGGACGUGGAACAGACAGAGGAGGAGUGGAGCAUGGAGGUCCAGGCCAGAUUCAUUCGCGCACUUCACGAGCUCGACUAUCUUGGCUUUGUCAAGCAUACCAAGCGAAAGGCUGACCAUGUCAUCCGAACGGUUUUCGAUCUCAACGAGUAG